UUAUUAUAUAAGUCAUCAAGUGUAGCCUAUAUGUCAGGAAUCCGAAUACAGCAGCAGGUUGACGUAGCAAAGCUCUCCCCCGACUCAUUCACUCCCCUCACACAAGGAGCUCAAGUUUGAGCCUCUAUCAGAUCCCUUCAGAGAGAGCUCACCUGUAGACGGAAGCUGGACAGAGGCUUUAAUUCUUAGGCUCCUGUUACUCACUCGUGAUGGACUUUAGUUUUUAUUAAUCGCGUGUCGAUUCUUGCACAAACGGAGCUUAUAUUGUAGUUUUGCAUCCACCCCUGUUAUCGAGAACUUCAAAUCGUCAAGCGCAACUUCCCUUCCCCUCAGCGACCCUGAAGCGAUGGAGCCGUCAGUCAUCCCCGGUGGCGACAUGUCCGACCUUUACUCCAUUAACCCGUUUAAUAUUACUUUCCCGGACGACGUUAUGGGUUUCGUUCCUGACGGAAGGAACUAUACCGAACCAAACCCGAUAAAGAGCCCCGCGGGAAUCAUCAUUGCAAUUUCCAUCACUGCUCUAUAUUCCGUUAUCUGCGUGGUGGGACUCCUGGGAAACAUCCUAGUGAUGUACGGGGUGGUAAGAUACACCAAGCUGAAAACUGCCACCAACAUCUACAUCUUCAAUUUGGCCCUGGCAGACGCACUGGCCACUAGUACACUUCCAUUCCAGAGCGCCAAGUAUCUAAUGAACACCUGGCCCUUUGGUGAGCUUCUAUGUAAAGUUGUCAUAGCCAUUGACUACUAUAACAUGUUUACCAGUAUCUUCACCCUCACCAUGAUGAGUGUGGACCGGUACAUUGCCGUGUGCCACCCUGUGAGGGCACUGGAGUUUCGUACCCCGGUCAAGGCCAAAAUCAUCAACGUGUGCAUCUGGAUUCUCUCGUCUGCUGUAGGAGUACCAAUCAUGGUCAUGGCAGUUACCAAAGUCACAAACCAAGGUGCAACGGUCUGCAUGCUGAAGUUCCCUGAUCCAGACUGGUACUGGGACACAGUGACAAAGAUUUGUGUGUUUAUCUUCGCAUUUGUGGUGCCAGUGCUAGUUAUCACAAUCUGCUAUGGUCUGAUGAUCCUACGUUUGAAAAGUGUCCGGAUUCUCUCAGGCUCAAAGGAGAAGGACAGAAACAUGCGUCGAAUCACUCGAAUGGUUUUGGUGGUGGUGGCUGCCUUCAUUAUCUGCUGGACACCUAUCCACAUCUUCAUCAUCGUCAAAACACUUGUAGACAUCAACCAAAAGAACCCCUUUGUGAUUGCCAGCUGGCACCUGUGUAUCGCACUUGGCUAUACCAACAGCAGCCUCAAUCCGGUCCUCUAUGCUUUCUUGGAUGAGAAUUUCAAGAGAUGUUUCCGAGACUUCUGCCCACCCUUCCGAACCCGAGCUGCCCAGAACAGUCUCAACCGAGCAAGAAAUGCCACAAGGGAGCCGGUUUCGGUUUGCGCACCUUCGGAAGCUGGAAAGACGCCAGUAUGACUAGGCCUGGAGAGGAUCCCACCACGGGGGUCCCAGUCCAGAAGAGUUCAGCAGGAUCUUCAAUCUGAGGUCACCCAGAUCUCCACUACUGAAUUCUAGGAACAGAACUCAACAAUAUCUCAAGAUUCGUGCAUUGAGAAUGUAACGAGAGACUGAGUUAAGCAGCUCUUCUCCUGCACCAUUACUUUGUAUUAUGGAUUGGCCCCAGUAUUAUUUGGAAUAAAUAACUAGCAUACACAAGAGCCUCUUCUGAGCCCAAUGUUAUGGCCAACAUCAGGAUAAUCAGACUUUCAAGGUCUGGUGGACCUUCAGGGUUCGGAAAUCUCACUGGUACUGAGAACACAACCCGAAACAACAGAUAAAUAAACUCUCCUUGCUGACACAUCAAGAAAUGAAACCUGAAACCUACAAAAGCAAACAGUGGAGAUGAUGUCCAGUUGGAGGACACUGGCUGAAAAGGACAUUUUCAGAGAUAUUGGACUGUAGAAAAAUAAAACAAACAUUGAUGUAAAACUCUCCUCAAAUGUUGAUGAACCCCCAGUGAAACUCUGAAGAAAUAAUGGGAAAAUAUGUCUUGCCCUAGAGAGCAGAAUGAAGAAAGCAUAUGGUAUUAUAGCGAUAUAAAUGGACUUAAUAUUGAAGGAUUUAUUAGCCAUUAUCGCCUGCAUCCACUCUCAAACCAUCUUCAGACAAACUUAUUUUCAAUUCCUCAGUCUUAUGUAUUCAGUGAAGGGGUGUACAUGGCAAAUCUCUGCAGUUUCCUCCUGGACAUUUCCAAUAAAGUUGACUUCAACAAAGAGUAAACUAAACUAAAGAAACGCUCUAAAUUACCAUUUAGACUGUGUUAAAUGUCAUGCCAAAAACUGCAGUGAAAUAUUUAUUGUGUCCACAAAGCAAGAUCAAAAUUGAGUUCCUGAUGUACAUUAAGUAUCUGGAACAUCAUAUAGCCCUUGGACCCAAUCAUUUUCGAAUGUCUUGAUUUUGAUGUGUGAUGAAUGCAAUGAGCAAUUUGAUCCGUGUUAUGGAUAAUAUUCCUUUAGAAGCUGAAAGUGCUUUUUAUACUGUGCUUUUACUGUCAAGUCAAGUCAAAAGUGUAGUAAAGAGAUUGUGCGUAAAUUAUUACAUUCUGUUAUUUUGGAUCUUUUAUUGUUGUUAGCAGUUCAUUUUUGUCCAUAAAAAAAUCAAGAAAUAGCUCUGCCAUUUUACUUGAACAUAUCUCAUAAAUGCUUGGUGAAUUUGAAUCGUAGUAAUUUAGUUUGAAAUUGAUUAAUUUUGAUGACUGGUGUGUUUCUGAAGCCUUGCCUCUGGAUAUUUUCUAGUUGUGCUAGCCUUGAUAUUUGUUUUACUCUGAUGAUUGUAAUUUUCUUGAUAAGUGAUGUUAGUGAAAUUGUUGAUUUUUUUGUGUUUGUGUUGCAUUUUUAAGAUUUUUUUUUUAAUAAAAGAUUGUAAACAUUU